AUGUUGAGGACGCUAUUAGGAGAGACGUUGACGGACCUUACGUUUGACAAAGCCGUACAACGUUGUGUGGCAAUGGAGCAAGCCAGUAGGGAUGUGGAGACGCUCAGAGGAGAGGCAGGACUCCAACCACGACCACACGAAGACACGGUCGGGAUGGCUGAGGUUCAUCAAAUGACAACGGGAUCAACCACAUGUUAUCGAUGCGGAGGAGCACAUGAAGCCAGAGAGUGUCGAUUUAGAACAGCUACAUGUUUUCGUUGUCAAAAACAAGGACAUGUACAAAGGAUGUGCAGGACCAAACCAGGUCCAAGAAAAGAAGUCCAAUCUGACAAGGGACCAAUUCGGAAGGAAAAUAAGAAGAAACCAGCGAUGAAAUGCCUGGAAGCAUGGGAGAAGGAGGAACAUAGUGAGAGUGACAGUGACUUGUACAACUUGUUCAGUCUUGGCAGAAACCACGCCAUGGAGGUACAGGUGCAAAUUGAACGGAAACCCAUUGUCAUGGAAUUAGACACUGGGGCGGCCGUAUCAGUCAUAAGUCAUGAGGAAUACAAGAGGAAACUAAGACAGCAGGUCUCCAUCAAAGAGACAGAUCUGUUGCUGCACACGUAUACUGGAGAGACCGUCAAACCAAUGGGAGUGUGCACAGUGAACGUAGAACAUAAUCACCAGAAACAACAGUUGCCCUUGUAUGUACUACCCGGAAAAGGGCCAGCUCUUUUGGGACGAGAAUGGCUGAAAGCCAUCCGACUGCAAUGGUCACUCCUCCAUCUGAACGCAACUCAAGAACUAGAAGACCUGCUAGCACGACACCCCAAUGUGUUUGGAUUGGGGUUGGGGCGCAUGAAAGGCAUCAAGGCCCGAAUAGCGUUGCGGAGUGACAGCACACCACGUUUUUGGAAGGCAAGACCGGUGGCUUUCGCGAGGAAGAAAGCCGUGGAGCAAGAACUAGAUAGGCUGGAGUCUGAGGACGUGAUAGAACGGGUACAGCACAGCGAGUGGGCGGCGCCAAUAGUUACUCCUGUCAAGAAAGGAGGCAACGUUCGGAUUUGCGGCGAUUUUAAAGUGACCGUUAACCCACAGCUAGAGAUAGACACCUACCCACUCCCUCGAAUUGAGGAGAUUUAUGCAGGCUUGGGAGGAGGGAAACACUUCACAGUCAUCGACCUGAAGCAAGCCUACUUGCAAAUGGAGCUGCAAGAAGACUCCCAGUUGGCAAUGACCAUCAACACCCAUAGGGGCCUGUAUCGGUUCAAGCGCCUACCGUUCGGAGUAGCUUCAGCCCCAGCAAUAUGGCAACGAGCGAUGGAACAAGUUCUGAUGGGAAUACCGGGCACCAGAUGCUACCUGGACGAUAUCAUCAUCACGGGCCACACCCUAGAAGACCACUUGACCAACUUGGAGAUGGUUCUUCAUCGGCUGGAGGAGUAUGGCUUGAAGGCUAACAAAGGGAAGUGCAAGUUCUUGAGCGAUUCCGUAGAAUAUUGUGGCCACAUAAUAUCGGCGAAAGGUCUACACACAUCGGAAAAGAAGACACGAGCCAUCACUCAGAUGCCAGUACCAUCUAGUAUUCAACAGCUGAGGUCUUUCCUUGGAAUGAUCCAAUAUUACGCCAGAUUCUUGCCAAAUCUGUCGACGGAGCUUGCACCUUUGCAUGACCUGUUGAAAAAGGACGCCCCGUGGGAGUGGGGUGAAGACCAGGGAAAAAGCUUCACCAAGGUCAAACAGAUGUUGUUGCAAGAUAGGAUUCUCACACAUUUUGAUCCUGGGUUACCAGUAACACUUGCUUGCGACAGUUCAUCCUAUGGACUAGGCGCAGUCCUUUCACACAUGUUUCCGGACGGUAGCGAACGACCCAUCGCAUAUGCUUCCCGUUCUCUAAGCGGGGCGGAGAAACAGUAUGCGCAAAUAGAGAAGGAGGCGCUCGCACUUUACUGGGGAGUAAAGAAAUUCAGACUGUAUCUGGAAGGGCACCGGUUUACACUAAUCACCGACCACCAACCACUGAAAUUUAUUUUGAGCCCUGACAAGGCUAUUCCAGUCACCGCUGCAGCUCGACUACAACGCUGGAGUUUGUUUCUGGGAGCAUUUACAUACGACAUCCAGUACCGGCCAACAGGGCAACAUGCCAACUGUGAUGGACUAUCACGACUACCUGUGGAUGACGAGAUUCCAGAUCGAACAGAUGAUACAGCCAUUUUUUACAAUAGCAUUGUGGAUACCUUGCCGGUUACAGCAAAAGAUAUUGAAAGGGCAAGCAGACAAGACCGCCUCAUAUCUCAGGUCAUGGAGAUGGUGCAGCAAGGAGGGCAGUCACUGGAUACAGAAAAGGAACUGAUCCCGUUCAACAGGAGGAGAAACGAAUUGAUUACACAUCAGGGGGUCCUGAUGUGGGGAUCUCGAGUGGUGGUACCAACCAAGCUUAGAGCAAGGGUGUUGGAAACCUUGCAUGAGGGCCAUCCCGGGAUGGUGAAAAUGAAGGGUUUAGCUCGGUCAUUCGUGUGGUGGCCGGGCAUAGAUGGAGACAUUGAAAGAGAGGUUCGACACUGUGUAGGAUGUCAAGAGAAUGCGAGGACACCUGGUAGAGGGCCGCUCCAUAGAUGGGAGUACCCAGCUAAACCUUGGCAGAGGCUGCACGUAGAUUUUGCAGGACCCCUCGACGGACAGAUGUAUCUUUUGGUCAUCGAUGCAUACAGCAAAUGGCCUGAAAUUUUUUCCAUGAGAAGCACCGUGGCUGAGGAGACAGUGGCAACUUUGCGGACAUUGUUUGCUCGAAUGGUAUUCGACAUGUCACGGGGGCACCAUAUCAUCCCGCGACGAAUGGUCAGGCGGAGCGUUUGA